AACGCUGCUGUCUGGCAAGGGUCGCGUGCGCUGAUCAUGUAGAGAAAGGACCGAGAUGCGUCACAGAGUCCCGGGACAUAUCCGAGCGGAGUUAGAAGACAAAAGACGGUCUUAUCUCAGCGCAACAAGAGUCCAGCGUCAUGAAACUGAAUCCCCAACAAGCUCCACUCUAUGGAGAGUGUGUGUUGACCGUUCAGCUCGAUGAUGAUGAUGUGUGUCGUGCUGAGGGAGAGGACGAGGAAGAGGAGGAGGCGGAGUUUUAUCUUUUAUUCUCGGGAUCCACACAGAGACACCUGAGCAGCACGCUGCGAGUCAGCCACGUCACACUGGAGGCCGUGUGUCCAGCCCAUAAUGUGUGUGAGCAGGUCUUGGUGACGUUGUGUUUGGCUCGGCCUGGUGCACCAGUGGAUACACACUCACAGGAGACCUUCUGCUUCGUACAGGACUUGGCUCUGGACAUGGCCCACUUUCUGCUCGACAACACAUCUCCACAGGAAGCAUUCCUAUUGGAUGAUGAGCAGAUUGGGUUUAAAGAGUGUGAGCGGUUGGACCAGAGCCUGGCCCUGGCCCUGAAACACCUCAGCCUGCCCCCCCAGAGGACUGGACCCGCUUUGGACACACAGACGACACACACACCUGCACACAGUGGCACAGACAGGGACGACACAGAGACACAGCAGGAAGCUACAUCUAUGGAUGUCUGCACACCUCUGGACAGCUGCACCGGCCGGUCUCAGUGCCAGCAGCUGUCCAGCCUGCUGCACGUGGCAGCCAGUCACGGUCUGAGGACAGUGGCGGCGUUGGUUCUGCAGCAGCCGGCAGGCCGGGAGGCGCUGAGGACGCCCAACGCCCAGGGACAGACUGCAGCCGCCGUGGCACAGAGCAGAGGACACCAGCAGCUGCUGCAGCUCUUCACACAGUAUGAGACGUCCUCAAACGUCCAAGUGGAACUAAAGGAGCAGCCGCACGUCGACCCAGAAGGCCGAGUGUUUCAGCACCACGCCGCUCUUGGCACCUACACUUUGACGUUCCCGGGCCCGGGGCAGAGGGGGGGGGGCGGUGACGGCCGCUGCAUCCAGGAGGAGCUGAAGGAGCUGAGGAGACACAUUGGUCUUCACAGGGACACACAGGGAAACUCUUCUGGUGCUGCGGCUCUCAGCCCUGCCUGUAGGCUGCAGCCCUGCAAGCAGAAUGCAGGGCUGUCUGCGGUAACCAUAGAGACCUGUAGCACCACAGAGGAACAGGGAAGUCCUCCGUCAUUGGAGGAGAGAGCCCGAGGGGAGGACUCUGCUGUCACUCAGACAUCCUGUAGCAGUGCAAGUCUUUGUCAGAGCCAGGAAGCUGCCAACUCUCCCGCUGGCCGUAACCGCAAAAACAAAAGGAGAAGUAGAAAAACUGCGAGACGUGCAGCCGAAUCUCCAGGAAGUAACAAAGGCACCCCAGAGGUAGGUGGAGGGAUAGCACACAGGCCCACAAAGGCAACAGGAAGUAGAAGAGAGACAGAUGGAGCUACUUCACCUAGAGAAUCAGUGACAGCUCAGCGUGGUCCCACAACGGAAGAGACUUCAUUACCCAGAAAGCCAGGGUCUGCACCAGGCGCUGAUGGGAAGUGCGCUGGCAGGAAGGCAGCGGCCGGGUCUACCGCCAUCAUCGUAAAAAAACAGGAAGUUGACCUGCUGAUACGUGAGCGCGUUGCAGAGACAGAAGCAGUGACACGGACAGGGCAGGGAGACACUGGACGUCUCCCAGCAGGACCAGCUGACGUCAAGUUUGCUGUGGAAUCGGCCGCAGAGAGGACAGUAACCAUGGGUCAGGAACAAUCCCAAGAUCCCCAGGAAAGUCAGCCGGACUCAGAGGAGCCGAGCCAACCUGACACCAUGGACAACAGUCCUCAGUCUGGCAGGAGGACCAGCCCCAAGUCCCCAGACAGGGACAGAAAACCCCGCAGAGGCUGGAUUGGAAGCAGAAUGGGAUCAAUCCCACAGGGACCAGAAACCAUAGCAAAAACAGUGUGGUAUCAGGCUGAAAACCUGGACCAGGGUGCCAAUGAAGCCUGGAAGAGAGAGGCGGUGAACUCCCAGUCAGUUUGGUAUGAUGGUGACACAACAGAUCAGAGAACACAUGAACAGCUGGAGCAGGGAGUGACAAAGCAGAAAGAAUGUGAAUGGAGCUCAGCCCAAGCUUCUGGUCUUAGUUCUCAAGUGUCUGCAGCUCUUAGUCAGCCACAUGCUGCUGGAACACAGCCAGCACUGUCACAAGGGCCGGGUGCACAAAGACGGGAAGUGCACGGAUCACAGCCAGAGGAGGAAGUAGGGCCAGAUUGGAAGGAGGGAGGAGUGGAGGGAGACAGAGAGGAGGUCACUAACAGAGAGACCAGUUACAGCAGACAGAGUUCUGAAAGAGCAGACAUCGAAGAGGGAGGAGAAGAGAAGCAAGGGAGCCAAGAGAAAGGAGCAAAGGGCAGGAAAAAAAGGCGGAAUAAGAGGGGGAAGAGAGGAGGCGCAGAGGGCAAGUUUAGCUCCAACUCCAGCAUCGAGUCUCAGAGUCACAUAGAGAUAAAGACAGACCUAAAGACUCAGUCAGAGACCGAGUCAGAAGCCAGGGAUAGAACAGGAAGGGCAGACGACAAGUCUCCAGCCCAGAGAGAGGAAACUGACAAGGACGCCAUGCUUCUACCCAGCCAGACAGAGGGCCAGACCAGGGGCACUCAUGGACCGGACUGUCCUAGUGAUACCACUCCAGACUUCAGUCCGGCAGACCUGACUGAAAGUACAGCUUCCCAGACACCAGAAACAAAGGAAUUAUCAGACAACAGCGAGCACUUUCAUGGACCGGAUCACUUUAACCCGGAUUCUAGCGUCAGUGCUUCAGAACUUAGUCAGAUGGACAUCAGAAAGGCAGACGUAGAGGACGUUACAACUGUGCAACCAGUAGAAAAGGAAGUACUUGACCCUACAGAGCUGGAAUUAAAGGGGCUCGUCAGUCCGGUCCAACAAACCGUGGAUAAUGUGGAGUCAAAUCCAUUUUUAGAAAAUGAGGAUUUGACGGUUGCUGGUAAAGCUGUAACGUCUGUGGAUCGGACAGGUUUGGUGGACUCUAACUGUCCAAAAGAACUUCCUGCCAAACUUUCAGAUCCUACAGAGUUCACAGAGCACUCGUUUCUUGUGGAAUUUCCUGAACCAAAUACACAUGUACAAUGUGUGGAGUCAAACGAGGCAGAACAACCUGUGGAUCCCAAGGGAGGACCUGUAGGAUUUAUGGAAUCUGUGCGUCCUACAGAAGCUGGAGCUCUGCCAUUCGAAGGCACAGCGGAUGUUUUACCACUUCAAAUACGGGAAGGAAGCUCUGAGACAACUGUGAGGGGAUAUUCAGAGCAUUGUUUUGUCCCUGAGAUGCUGAGAGAUCAGCAGCACACGGACGAAAAGAGAAAUGAGUUGUGGGUGGGUGAAGAGGAAGCAGCUAAGAAAAGAAGGAGUGAAGAAAAUGGCAGUGGCAUGCAUCGCAGGGAGUUGUCUUCCAUAGACAGAGAACAAGAGCAGGACUACAAUGAAAACAUAGUUGCCACAGCGGUAGCAAUUGUAGCGGUAGCAAUAGCAUCAGCCAUGGCCAGCCUAGAGCUGAGCCAACAGUUAGCAGACAAUCAGUCAGAGCGUCAGGGGUCAGAGGAUUUACUCAACACUGUUCAGGCCUCACAGCUGAUGGACAAAGACAGGUGUCCUCUGGUACCAUGUGAGACAGGAAAGCAACCUGUAGAGCAUUCACAACCUACUGAUCAGUUCCCCUCUCAACAAGCAGCUAAUGUUGAGAUAUCAGAGGUGGUGUUGGAGUGUGACGCUGAGACAGGAAGGCUUCUUGCAGCACAGCAAUGUUACAACCAGCCAGCUAAGCUGGACCUGUUUGCACCUGCAGACACUCCUAGCUUACCACAACUCCACGAAGAGGAAAUCCAAACAGAAACUACACAAAACAAAGUAUUUACAUGUUCACCACCUAAAGAAGAAGACAGCCUACUCCGAGUUAGUAGGAAAGCUUUGCCAGAAGCAAACAAAACGAUUACAACCGAGGUAGACAGCCGGGGUCACAUGCAGGUAGACAUCCAGCUGCAACAUCCAGAGGCUUCUGAGGAGAAUCCCACACCAGGAGAGCAUAGAGGCCCGCAGGAUCAGUCUGUCUGUCAGGAAGAAAGGGGGAUACAGCACAGACAUGAUGAGGGUGAGGUAGGAGGACAGCCGCAUGAGCAGGACAGUCCACGCAGCUCCGAGUGUCAGCAGGACAGUCCAAACAGCUCAGAGUGUCAGCAGGACAGUCCACACAGCUCCGAGUGUCAGCAGGACAGUCCACACAGCUCAGAGCGUCAGCAGGACAGUCCACACAGCUCAGAGUGUCCACACAGCUCCGAGUGUCUGCAGCAGGACAGUCCACACAGCUCAGAGUGUCAGCAGGACAGUCCACACAGCUCCGAGUGUCAGCAGGACAGUCCACACAGCUCAGAGCGUCAGCAGGACAGUCCACACAGCUCAGAGUGUCCACACAGCUCCGAGUGUCUGCAGCAGGACAGUCCACACAGCUCAGAGUGUCAGCAGGACAGUCCACACAGCUCCGAGUGUCAGCAGGACAGUCCACCCCGCUCAGAGUGUCAGCAGCAGGACAGUCCACCCCGCUCAGAGUGUCAGCAAAGCGUGUCAGACUGUCAGGAUAAAAAGCAGGACAGAGACCCACAGCUGGAGGCUCACCUUAAAACAUCCUGUGAAGGGGACAUUCCCACUUUGUCCCAUCCUAGCUGCUCAACACUUCCUGUUACCCCGUAUGACUCCACUCUUGCGGCCCAUCCCAGUCCAGAGGAACAGCCUGCCCCUGUGAAUGUGGAAACAGGAGAAUACCAGUCAUCCCAGGCAUUAGCAGACAGGAAGGGUGUCCCUGCUGGCAGUAGCACAGGUCCAGAGUCUGUUGCUAUGGAUACUGAAGACGCUCUGGAUACAGUGGAUGGAUGCAAUGACAGAGAACGGAAUAAGAUGAAAAGUGAAGAGAAGGUCACAGUGGACGUCACAUCCCAGACAGCAGAAGAAGAAGAAGCAGAGCGUCAGCUGACCAAGAGACUCCCAGACGGCACACACCCUCUGCAUAUCCAGAGGGAGAGGGAUGCUUUCUGCCCUGAAGCCAACACAGUACCAACAUGUUCAGACGUCCAUCCAGACUCAGAGGAGUGUGUGUCGGUGUGUUUGUUGCACAAAGAAGACAGUGUGCAACUGGAUAACAGUGUCUUCAAAAAGCCCGAAGCUCCCCACCCCUGUGUUGGACACAGGGACAGAGGGGUGGGUGUCUCCCUCAGUCCCAGUGAGGGGGCUCUGUCAGUGGGCACACCUGACGCUGUGGCCCCUCGGAGCUCCAGACUGGCCUGGAAGUCCCAAACAGAGGACAGAGGUGAAGCAGGAGGAGGAGGAGAAGAAGAAGAGAACAAAGACCAGCUUUCAGACAGUCCUGUCUCCUCUUCAGUCUCACGAGCCUCCAUUCGUUCCUUGUCUCCGUUCCGUCGCCACAGCUGGGAGCCGCGCAGGAGCAACAGCACCGCAGAUGUUGACAUCACACAGCGCAGCUCGAUGAAGAGUCUGUCAGGAGAGGUGAGGAGAGCCAAGCCCCCCCUCCACAGGAGAAGUAUGAGUUGGUGUCCAUCCACCCUGCUUCGUCCUGACCAGGAGCAGACAGACAACAGAAGCUACAGCCUGGAGGCUCUGCGGGGGGAGAGGGGGGGAGCCCACCCUGCUGACCCCCAGGACAGGACUGCAAGGCUGGAAGGCCAGGACAGUGGCUCCCUGGUGUCCCUCACCGAGGAGGAGCAGGAUGGAGACAGCCAGACAUCCCAUCAGGUACUGUCAGUGACAAACAGCUAUCCUGCCAUGUUCCAUCACCAAACCCUCACCAAAUCCAUCUCCAUGGUUGCCAUUAGUCACCGCGACAUAGAUGCGGUCAGCUCAUUCUCCAGUAACUCGGGCUCCCUGGAAUACAGUAUUUCGGAGGAGGAGCCGGGCCCUCUGCGGAGCGACACUGAGGGGAAAGGAGGGCCUAAAAUCAGUCGGACGUUCAGCUACCUCCGCAACAAGAUGAGCAAGAAAGGCAAGGAGAAGGAGAAGGAGAGGAAAGGAGAGAAGGCACGAGAGAGUAAAGAGAGAGAAAAGAAGAGUACCAACGGUCAUCUCUUCAUCUUGGUCAGUUCAUGUCCUUCCACAGCCGGCUGUCAGCACUGCAGCAAAGCUCUGCCCAGCAAGGAAAGCUUCCUCUGCAGCAACUGUGGAGCCAGUGUCCAUAAGAGCUGCAGAGAGAGUCUGUCUGUCUGCACAAAGAGCAAAACAAAGCAGCAGACGCCGGUGCCAGAAGCUGUUCCUGGGUCAGCUGUGAACAUGAGGAGUAAAUCGACAUCUUCAGCAUCGUCUGCGUCGUCCACAUCGUCCUCGUCCUCCCGGGACCGCUGGACCACAGCAACCAGCCCUGACGACCAGUUCCCUGUCCUGUUUCCACGGAGACACCCCAGCAUCUUCAACACACACAGCAACCUGGCCAAAAGCAUCUCCACUAGCAACAUAGCAGGGUUAGAUGAUGUCCCACUCAAAGGCCUGAAGUUUCUGUCCCAGUCCACUGACUCUCUCCAUCAGGGGAGCAAAGUCAACGCCUCCACCGAGUCACUCACUGAUGAAGGUACUGAGAUGAUGGACGGUCAGCUGAUGGGAGAGUUUGAGUGGGACAUUAAAGAUCUGGAAGCUGAUUCCUGGAGCGGCACCAUGGAUAAGAAGUUCUUGAAAACGUUGAAAAAAGAUGAGAUCAAGAAACAAGACGUCAUCUAUGAGCUGUACCAGACAGAGUUCCACCAUGUGAGGACUCUGAAGAUCAUGUCUGACGUGUACUAUAAAGGCCUUCAGAAGGAGCUGCAGCUGGACUCUCAAACUCUGGACAAGAUUUUCCCAGUUAUGGACGACCUGUUGGACACGCACACACAUUUCCUCACGUUGCUCCUGGAGAGGAAGAGAGCGUCUUCCACUGAGGGGCAGAAGGACAGCAGCUUCCUGAUCUGCAGCAUCGGGGACGUCCUGCUCAGCCAGUUUUCAGGCUGCAGUGCUGAUCGUAUGAAGAAGGUUUACGGGAAGUUCUGCAGUCGUCACAAUGAAGCUGUCAAUCUGUACAAAGACCUCCACGCCAAAGAUAAACGCUUCCAGGCUUUCAUCAAGAGAACGAUGAGCAGCAGCAUUGUGCGCAGGCUCAGUAUUCCAGAGUGUAUUCUGUUGGUCACUCAGAGGAUCACCAAAUAUCCCGUUCUCAUCCAGAGGAUCCUCCAGCACACUAAAGACUCGGAUUCAGACCACGGCUGUGUGUGUGACGCUCUGCGCUGUGUGAAGCAGCUGAUCACGGCUGUGGACAGUAAAGUCAACGAGCAGGAGAAGAAGCAGAGGCUGAAAGAGGUCUACAGUCGCACUGACAGUAAGUCCAUCAUGAGGAUGAAGAGUGGGCAGAUGUUUGCUAAAGAGGACCUGAUCAGAGGGAGGAAGCUGCUGCAUGACGGAGCGCUGCAGCUGAAAAACUCUGCUGGACGGCUCAAAGAUGUCCAGGCCAUGCUCCUGUCCGACGUGUUGGUCUUUCUUCAGGAAAAAGACCAGAAAUAUGUCUUUGCCUCAUUGGACCAGCGCUCGACUGUCAUCUCUUUGCAGAAUCUGAUAGUCAGAGAAGUGGCUAAUGAGGAGCGAGGGCUCUUCCUGAUCACAGCUGGUACAGAGAAGCCCGAGAUGGUGGAGGUGUUGGCCAGCAGCAAGGAGGAGCGCAACACGUGGAGGGCCAUCAUACAGGACGCCAUGCACUGCAUGGAGAAGGACGAGGACGAGGGCGUCCCCAGUGAGACGGAAGAAGACAGGAGGCAGCAGGAGAACAGAGCCAAGGAGAUCCGUGAGCUGCUGCGGAGGAAAGACGAGCAGAUCCUGGCUUUACUGGAGGAGAAGGUCCACAUCUUCAGAGAGCUGGGCGACUGGACCCCCGCCCCUGAUGAUCCCAAUCCACCAGUCAGGGAGCGCAUGUUGUUCAUGGCCACACCUGAUGAAGUCACAAAGGGGGAGCCAAUCAUAAAGGAUGCACUGAGAGAAGUGGAGAGCCUGCAGGGCUACGUCAGCAGCGGUGUUGGUGUUCCAGCCGGCCUGGCAGGGGGGGACAGUGUGGGGCCCGUCUGUCUGCCCAGGAGAGCCGAGACAUUCGGAGGCUUCGACAGCCAUCAAAUGAACAGCGGCAAGAACGGAGAGAAGGAAGAGGGGGAUGAAUCGCUGGACCUCCGCAGGACGGAGUCAGACAGCGUGUUGAAAAAGGGAGCUACUGCCAGCCUACAGAUGUUGCUGAAGAGAAACACGGAGCAGGUUCUGCACAGUGUGACACAUCUCCACGAGCUGCUGAUUGCACUGCAGGCCGUUGUGCUCCAGCAGGACUCGUUCAUCGAGGACCAGCGGCAGACCCUCAGCGACCGGCUCGCCGCCACAUCCUCCAGACAUUCGUCCUCUUCCUCACUGUCGUCCACGUCCUCGUCCCGCCCCUCCUCACUCAUCGAGCAGGAGAAACACCGAAGUCUGGAGAGACAGCGACAGGAGGCGGCCACUCUGCAGAAACAGCAGGCUGCUCAUCAGGAGGAGAAGAGGAGGAGGGAGAAGGCGUGGGAGUUGAAGGAGAAGAGUCUGGCCGAGCGGGAGGAGAGGCUGAGGCAGGAGGAGGAGCAGACCAAGGAGAGGCGUCGCCAUCUGACCGAGGAGGGAGAGCUGCUGCUCAGGAAGAAAGAGGAGUACCAGGCAGAGCUGGAGAGGCUGAAGGAGGCCCAGAUGCUGCUGGAGAGGGAGCAGGAGGCUCUGAGGAGAGACACCCAGAGACUGGAGGCCAUGAACACAGACCAGUCGGAGCAGCUUCAGAGGUACCAGCGCACGCCUUCCACCACCUCUGAAGACUCCAUAAGGUUCCACAGCUCUGGCUCUCUGGAUCUAGAUUCGAAAGAAGCAGCAGAACAGCCAAAAGGGGUGGAGGUCUCAUCCUCGGCCCCGAGCAGAGAACCUUUCCUCCGCAUCGGAUCCAAGAGGAUGGGCAAAAGCUUUAACCCCUUCUCCUCUACCUCGUCCUCCAAGCCCCAGGGAGCAGAGAAGGAGUCCCAGCUCCCCUGCAGACUGCUCCAGCUGUCUAAAACCAAGGAGAAGAAAGACAAGAGGAAGAAGAAGGGCAAAGGAGAGCAGCCACAGACAGAAAGCAAAGUUGCAGUGAUGUCGGAUCCUCACAAUGAUGGAGACAUCUUCUUCUGCUGAGUACCUGGAUGAUGCACAUGUGCACUUGUAACUUUCCCGAAGAACCAGACAACUGGCCGAGCAGCAAACAGGACCCCUAACUCUCUAUUUGUAUAUAAAAUGCCCACGUGGCUCUGCUGACCGCCUGGCCUCUGGACACUGUCCCUGCCUUCCUGCCAGACAGAAUGGACUGGGUCCUCCUCCCAGAGACACCAGGUGAAGGGUCAGUGUUGAGAUGAUGACUCAAUCAGGAGAAGACUUUCCCUCAAGCUUCCAUGUGUUAGAGAUGGAAAGCCAAGCCGAAUCAGACGAACUGUGUGUCAGAUCACGUGUCAAGUCAAAUCUCCUCGAGACUUUACACUGUAGCUUUAACAUGAACCAAUAAUGAGUGCCUUUUCUUUCUAGUCGUGCUGAUGCUAACUUUGAGUGCCUGUGGUGCUGGUGACUCCUCAGUUUCAGUUAGCAACUCGAGGAACUUUUAAUUUAAUGUGUGAGGUUUGCUUUAUAACUUUUUAUCAGUCAAGCUGUCAAACAAGGGGAGAGGGAGUAACAGACGGCACACCACAUGGUGUGUGUAACAGUUAGUAAUCACCAUGUCUCAGUGUCCACACUGUGUGCUGAGGUCAGUGUGUGUGCUCAGUGUGCUCACCGAGGCCACAGAACUCCAGACACAACCAAUCCCCAGAGACAUGUCUGAAUCUGUAGAGUGGUCAGGACACGCGUCUCUGAGACAGUCUCUGCUCAGUGGAACGAAGGUGGUCAUAGCAGAUGUUUUUAUCUCUAGAAAUUCAUUAUUUUUUGGCUGAGGGUCAUCUCAGUCAGUAUCGAGCUCUGCAGAAGAAUCAGUGAUCGUCUUUAAUCGUCUUUCAGUGGAACAAUCACUGCAGCUCAACAGGAUCAGGAUACAAAGAUUUAAACCUGCACUUUAUAUUCAUGAGAGAGUGAUGCUUCUUAUUAAGGCUCUGUCAUUUCCUAAUCAUUUAAUCAUACAUCUUUUAGUCAUUUGUUACUGAUUACAGGUAAGCAGGAACAUUCUUGAAAGAUAAGCUCCAUUUAAACCCAAGUAUAUCUCCAUUUAUUACUGUAAACUUUAUUGUUAAAGGGGCGCUAUGCAGUUUGGACAAUUUCUUCGCUGUUUUCUCUCUUUUUGCUGGCAGGUUUCUCUAUAGA